AUGGGGCAUAGUAUUGAAGAGGAUGACCAAAUCGAUAGCGCAUUAAUCAGCCAAUAUGUAAACGGCAACGAUAUACCGAAUGAUCAAAUUAUUGAUACUAUUCUUUCGGAGAAGAAAACUUUACACGCCGAUGAUGCUAUCGACUAUGAGGAUAUUGACGAGCUAGCCGAUGACGAGUUGCCCGAGGAGGAAACCUCGACAAAAACCCACGUUGGCGGAGAAAACAAAGAGGGAGUUGCUGCUGGCGGUGAUGGAAGUGAUGACGAUGAUGACGACGAUGACGACGACGACGAUGAGUUUGAAGAACUUGUUACAGAUGCUGCAACAAGGGAAACGAAUGUGUUUGACAGUUUAAACGGAGUUGACGAAGGGAAAGCACAGGCAUUUGCAGAAGAUCAAUUCGAUGAGAUAUUUGGCAAUAUGGACGAAGUAGAUAACGACCAUUUCAACAAUCUCGAGUCUAAUCAGUUGAUUGAAGAGGAGGACCACGGCGAGCUAAACGGCUUGGAAGCUAUAUUUAAGAAAGAAGAAGAUGAGGAGGAGGAAGAAGAUGAGGAGACAAAGAGGCGAAACGAAGAAAAAGAAUUACAGAGAAAGGAAAAAAGAGCAAAAUUGAUUGGUGUAAUUGAGAAGCUAGAAAAGCGACGAACAAAGCGAACCAUCAAAUACUACUUCCCCACAUACUCGCGACAUAAGUUUUUAGACUUUCACAGACUUUUUGCACCAAUACCAAAGUACUAUAGAUAUGCCAAGCCGCCGAUUUGGUUCAACAAAAUUCGCAAGACAUUAGUCCCAAUAAAACAGACUAUAGAACUAGAUGUUGAUCAAAGAAAAGUGUUUAAGCAAGCUUAUUCAUCAACCAGCAAUCCUCGUAGGAAUAAUAACAUAUCAACAAUAACUCAAUCAGAUUUGGAAUUCAUCAGAAACUUUGAACAAAAAAGCUCCUCAAUAGACUCAUUCAUUAAGCGACUGGAGUUUUUACAACGCGAUUGGCUAAACGAUGAUAGAUUUCAAGAUUUUUCCAAGGAUUUGAUCUUGUCAACAACAGAUUGGGAUGACGAUGCUAUUUUGAAUGCAGGAGAUAGCACUUAUUCAGUAAAACCGAUUAAACCUUUAGAUUUCAGAUACUCUUUGGAAGAACAGGAAAACCUAUCUGAUGAAGAUAUUUUCGAUGGACAAAUCAAGGUUGAUAAAUUAAAGCUAGAUAUGAAUGAUCCAAACUUGUUGUUUGUGCCGGAAAAAAAGAAAUCACAAGCCAAUGGACUGCUCAAUCAGACAAAAGCAUCAUUAUUGGAGACAAGGUUCAAUAUAUCCAACGACGACGAAUACGAGUUAUUGCGAAAGAACUACAAUACAAAACAACGUUCACAGUUGAGUAACUUGAACAUUGAACAUUCAGUACCGGCGAUGAGGCUACAGACUCCUUACUACAAAGUGAAACUUUCCAAGUCGGAUGCGAGAUCUUUCCAUAGGCCAACAUUCAACAUUAGACCAGGUACGUUGAUGAGCUUUGUAAAGUUGAAACUAAGAAAGAGAAAAAAGGACAAGGGCAAGUCAUUACAUGAAGUGUUUUCCAAAACUACUGAUCUCACUUCUGUGGAUACAGCUAAUCUUGUUGCUCUUGAGUAUUCCGAGCAGUACCCACCUAUUUUGUCUAAUUUUGGGAUGGGUUCUAAAUUGAUUAAUUAUUACCGAAAAGAGAGAGCUGAUGAUCUGUCGCGACCAAAAGCGCAAGUUGGCGAAACACACGUUUUGGGUGUCGAGGACAGGUCGCCAUUUUGGAACUUUGGAGAAGUGGCUCCUGGUGACUUUGUGCCGACCUUGUACAACAAUAUGGUACGGGCGCCGAUUUUCAAACACGAUGCGAGAAAUACAGACUUUUUGUUGAUUAGCUCACAAGGAGCGGGGUCACAUCAAAAAUUUUACCUACGUGCUAUCAACUUCAAUUUCGUGGUAGGUAAUGUCUUUCCAGUAGAGAUCCCAGCACCCCAUUCCAGAAAAGUUACCAAUAUUUCAAAGAAUAGGCUAAAGAUGCUCGUUUACAGAGUAAUGAACUCCAAGGGUGCUCCAAGAAUAGUUGUUAAAGAUGUUUCGAAACACUUUCCAGAACAAAGUGAUAUGCAAAGUAGACAGCGGUUGAAAGAGUUUAUGGAAUACCAAAGACAAGGCGACGACCAAGGGUUUUGGAAAGUGAGAGGAAUGGAUGAUAAUAUCCCUACGGAAGAGGAGAUUCGAGCAAUGAUCACUCCUGAGGAUUCUUCUUUGAUGGGAACAAUGCAAUAUGGACAACAGUUUUUGGAGGAUAACGUCACUUUAUUUGGAGAUGAUACGAAGAAAAUGGUAAAGAAUAAGGAAAAAGAAACUGAUAAAAGGGAGGAUUCUUUAGAAGAGUUAACUCCCGAAGAAGAAUCAAAGAAGGAAAAAGCCAAGAAAACCAAAGAUAGUGAUGCAGAAGCAGAUCUUGAGGAAGAAAUGGCACUUUGGAACUUGUCAAGAAAUUUUGUUGUUGCGAACCAGACUAAAAUUAUGCUUCAGUUGAAUGGAGAAGGUGAUCCAACCGGUAUUGGGUUAGGCUUCUCGAUGCUCCGUGCAUCUCAAAAGAACCCGUUUAAGCCAUUUUUCCCACCGCCCCCAGAAGUUGUGCCGAAAAGUAAUGCAGCUGCCCAUAACCAAAAAAUGUACGAACAGGAAAUCAAAAGAAUAUGGUAUUCACAAAGAAGCUCGUUAGUUGACCAUGGACCAGAUUUCGAUUUGCAACAGAUCUACAAUGAAUAUAAGCCAGCGGACCAUGACCAAUACGCUAUGACUAAACUUGCUCAGGAGCAAAGGGACUACGAGCAAUCACAACCGGGAAAGCAGGAUGACAACAAUAAGAUAUUGAAAAUCACAAGGCGCGUACGUGAUAGGAAUGGAGUAUUGCAGAGAAAAGUUGAAGUUAUUAGUGACCCCAGGUUGAUAAAAGCGUACAUUAAGCGCAAGAAAAUAUUGGAGGAUGAAUUAUUGAAAAACGCCGACGUUGAUGAAAUCUUGCCUACCAAUGACAAAGAAUUGAACAGAUUGCGUCGUAAGGCUCUUGAAGAAAAACUUGCCAAUUUAGAAAAGAGAGCUAAACAAAACAAGGCUAAAAAGACACCAAAUGAUGCCAUCCAUGCUGCGGCUGCGGCUGGUGCCACCAUUAUUGAUGCAAAUACAGUCAUGAUGCCUGAUGGUACUUAUGUUAUUGGUGGAAAGGGUAUUGGGAAGGGAAAGAGUACUACGCGUAGAUGUAAAUCGUGUGGCUCUUUUGGACAUAUUAGAACAAACAGAACCUGUCCACUAUAUAACCAAAUGAUUGCCGGCUUGUUACCUCCGAAAUCUAAUGGAAGUGGUGCAAGCGGUGGAGGUUCAUCUCCCGAACAGUCUGAGAAUAGUAGAGAUGAUCAGAAUAGCCCUAUAAGAAAUGCUGACGACGUACAUCGUUCUGCGAGUCCUUUAGCAACUGCAUCUCCAUUAAACUUUAGCUAA